AUGGAAACUCCUCCGAAUGCCACCCCUCAGCCCUUCAGACAGCCGAGUUUUCUCAAUCGGAGGCUGAAGGGCUCCAUCAAGAGGGCCAAAAGUCAGCCCAAACUGGACCGGACCAGCAGCUUCAGACAAAUGAUUCUGCCCCGGUUUCGUAGUGCCGACCAAGAGCGGACACGACUGAUGCAGAGCUUCAAAGAGUCACACUCCCAUGAAUCCUUGCUUUCUCCGAGCAGUGCUGCUGAGGCUUUGGACCUAGUUUUGGAUGAAGAGGCCAUAAUCAAGCCUGUCCACUCCAGCAUUUUAGGACAAGAGUACUGCUUUGAGGUGACGACUAAUUCAGGGACAAAAUGUUUUGCCUGCCGCUCGGCUUCAGAGAGAGACAAGUGGAUUGAAAAUUUGCAACGAGCUAUCAAACCUAACAAGGAUAACAGCAGACGGGUCGACAAUGUGCUCAAGUUGUGGAUCAUUGAAGCUCGAGACCUUCCGGCUAAGAAACGCUACUAUUGUGAGCUGUGUCUGGACGACAUGCUGUACGCACGCACCACCAGCAAACCCCGCACAGACACCGUCUUCUGGGGCGAGCAUUUUGAAUUUAACAAUUUGCCUACCAUCCGUAGCCUUCGUUUGCACCUGUACAAGGAAACUGACAAAAAAAGACGCAAGGAGAAAAGCACAUAUCUUGGCCUUGUCAGCAUUCCCAUCUCGAGCAUCACGGGCCGGCAGUUUGUGGAGCAGUGGUACCCUGUGAUCCAGUCCAGCGUGUUGGCCAAAAGCGGCGGCGUCGGAAGUGGAAAAGUCAUCAACGCCUCUCUGCGCGUCAAGUCUCGCUACCAGACAAUGAACAUCCUCCCGAUGGAGCUGUAUAAGGAGUUUGCGGAGUACAUCACCAACAACUACCGGACAUUGUGUGCAGUCCUGGAGCCUCUGCUGAGUGUGAAGAGCAAAGAGGAGGUGGCGUUUGCUCUGGUGCACAUCCUGCAGAGCACAGGGAAGACAAAGGAAUUCCUGUCCGACAUGGCGAUGUGCGAAGUGGAUCGAUUCAUGGACCGCGAGCACUUGAUCUUUCGUGAGAACACGCUGGCCACAAAGGCCGUGGAAGAGUACCUCAAACUGAUAGGUCACAGAUACCUCAAAGAUGCUAUAGGCGACUUCGUCCGAGCCUUAUAUGAGUCUGAGGAAAACUGUGAGGUGGAUCCCAUGCGAGUCCCGCCUUCAGUCCUCGCCGACCAUCAAGCCAACCUGCGCAUGUGUUGUGAGCUGUUACUCUGCAAGAUAAUCAACUCUCUCUGCAUAUUUCCCCGCGAGCUGAAGGAAGUGUUCGCCUCGUGGAGAGCCAGAUGUGCUGAGCGUGGCAGAGAGGAUCUGGCAGACAGCCUCAUCAGCUCCUCCCUGUUUCUGCGCUUCAUGUGCCCGGCCAUCAUGUCCCCGUCCCUGUUCAAUCUGAUGCAGGAGUACCCCGCUGAACGCACGUCCCGCACACUCACACUCAUCGCCAAGGUGAUGCAAAACCUGGCCAGCUUCAGCAAAUUUGGACCGAAGGAGGAGUACAUGUAUUUCAUGAAUGAGUUCCUGGAGAUGGAGUGGGGCUCCAUGCAGCAGUUCCUCUAUGAGAUUUCCAACAUGGACACCGGAGGAAACGCCGGAGGGUUUGAGGGCUACAUCGACCUCGGCCGGGAGCUGUCGAUGCUGCACAGCUUACUGUGGGAGGUCAUGGGCCAGCUUAGCAAGGAUGCUAUACUGAAACUUGGACCCCUACCGCGGCUGCUGAAUGACAUCAGCGUCGCCCUGAGGAACCCGCAGCUGCACAUGCCUACAAAUCACCAGCCUGAGCGACCAAAGGACCGACUCUUCUCACGGCCAUCUUUCAAUCGUCUCAUGUCCUCCGACUUCCAAAGCCUUAUGAUGCGGGACUUGAAUAGCUCAAUAGACAUAUCACGCCUGCCGUCCCCAACCACUGGAGUCUCAGCUGUAGAAUCUCUCUCGUCCAACCUGAACAUGAGGCGUCAAGCGGAACGGGACCUCCGCUCAUCGAGGGAAGUGUUCUAUGUGACCCGCCCACCGCUGGCUCGAUCCAGCCCCGCCUACUGCACGAGCAGCUCCGACAUCACUGAGCCUGAUCCAAAGGUCCACAGCGUGAAUAAAAGUGUGUCCAUGAUGGACCUUCAGGACUCCCGCAUGAACAGCAUUUCCAACCUGAACUCUGUGGGAGACAUGCUCACUUCCUCUCAGGCUUCCAUCGCCGGCCUGGGCCACAGCUUUGGGAACCUCUGCGGCCCUCUGCGUAUGGGGGGGCACAUGCCAGCGGGCUCGGCUGGCUCCGGCUUGAGGCUGAGCCAGAUGGGCCACAUAGGGGGUCCCACAGAAUCCAUCUCCCAACAGCAGCAGCAGGCGGCAGCGGCCAUGAACUUCCCGCUGUCUUUCCAAAACCCGCUGUUCCAUCUGGCCGCCCAGAACUCCCCGGCUCAGUCUCAGCCUCACCCUCCUCCCCUGCUCCUCGCCCCUGAGCCCGAGAACGGCCACCAUGACUACCAGCCGGCCUUUGGCAACAACGCCUUCUCCCGCAGUGAGGACCUGUCGGGCCUGCGGUCGCAGAGCAGUCUGGUGCAGCCCAGCAUUGUUCACUCACACAGCUACAGCGAUGACUUCACCCGGCAGAAUCAGAACAACGACUUUGCAUGGCACCAGCUGUCUCUGCAGGUGCAGGAGUCCCUCCAGCAGCAGCAUAUGAUGGGAGUUGCUGCGCAGACAGCCACCGGCACGGGUACCCCCGCCUCUUUGGCCACACCGCCCACUACAGUUCAUCCUGUCCGCCAACAACACCUCAAGUCACAGCGCUCCAUCAACACUCCAGCCACUGCCACUCCUCCGAAGGUUCGCCCGCAGAGCAGGAACCUCCUCCUCGACUCCUCUGACACCAACUUCAGUGGCAGUCAGCCUAAGCAGCGCACCACUCAGCAGCCUUCGCAACAGCAACAACAGCAGCAGCAGCUGCAACAGCAGCUUCAACAGCAGCUGCAGCAGCAGCAGCAGCAGCUGCAGCAGCAACAACAGCAACAGCAGCAGCAGCAACAGCAACAACAGGACGCACAGCUAUCUGUCACUGACAGUCCAGCUCCCGGGCUCCCGUACCAGACGAGCUCAGCCAAAGAGAACCAGGGUCCAUCAGCGGCUGCAGAGGUGUCGACAGACACACCAACCAAAAGUACCAAGAAGUCUCAGGCACAGCUGCAGCCGCCGCAGCAGCAUUUGCUCAAACCAGGCAAUAAACAGGGUUCCCAGUCAACAUUGAACACAUCAGCCCUCAAUGAGCGGACAGUGGCCUGGGUGUCCAACAUGCCACAUCUCUCUGCUGACAUUGAGAGCCUGCGGCCGGACCGAGAGGGCCAGCUGAAGGAGUAUUCAAAGAGCAUGGAUGAGUCUAGACUGGAGAGGGUAAAAGAGUACGAAGAUGAGAUCCAUUCGUUGAAGGAGCGGCUGAAGAUGUCUCAUCGUAAGCUUGAAGAGUACGAGCACAGGCUUGUGUCACAGGAACAGCAGACGAGCAAGAUCCUGCUGCAGUAUCAGAACCGGCUGGAAGACAGCGAGCGGCGCCUGAAGCAGCAGCAAGUGGAGAAGGACUCCCAAAUCAAAGGCAUCAUCAACAGGUGA